UGAUAUACUUUAUAAUGCUUUUAUACUAUAUAAUUGUUACUAAAACUUAAUUUACUAAUAACACUAACAUUAAUACGAAUUAAAACAAUGGGAAAACGCCUCAGACCUGGAUGAGAAUGAGCAAACUUCUUUAUUGUGGUCACUCAGCUAACAAUUCUCUAAGAGAAAUUGCCAGUUUGAAAGUAACAAAAGAAAUCCCAAAAACCCAAAAGAAAAAGCAUCUUCAUGAAGAGCAUCGGCAUGCAAAAACAAAAACCCUCCGGACGGACCUGCAGAGUUACAGGAUUUUUUACGCAUACACAUUUGGCCCCAAAAAUUCUCCUCUAUAUAUACGCUUCCACGCGCCUCCUUAUCGGUCCCCCCCCCUCACAGACCGGUUUUCAUAUCACCUUUUCAUUAUGUCAUCUUAUUUACCGGAAUCAUCUCAUAUGUUUUUGUAACGUCCUGUUCCUUGCAGUCCCCUUGUUUUUCCUUCACCUUUUGCCCAUAUGCCCAUUUAUGGAUUUUCCUCCUCUUAGUUCCCCGGGACCCAGGCCCGGGAGCCCAGGCCUGUGACCCUGGGUCUUCUUCAUUCGCCAUAACAAUUAUGCCUAAACAACAAUUUUUGUUAUUAAAAAAGUGUGCUCAAAAAGAGCUUCACUCCCUGGUCAAAGUUACAUUUGCCUCUCAGUUUUUUCCUUGCCAGACGUCCGGAAGAUUUAAUCCUUCAUUCAACUACAAUGGAUCCCUCGCAUCAGCCAGCUAGUCGCCCUAUCAGGUCCACACCUCACCAUCCUCGUCCGUCUCCCUACCCAAGGCCAAUGGCCGCUGAUGUCAUGGAAAGCUAUCGCCGCUUCCAGCUACUUCAUAUCACCCAUGAGCUCGUUACGUGUCUGGAACAGCUCUGUUCUCCUGACCUCCCCGAGCAUCCUCAUCUGCUGUUCCAUAUUGUGAGAGGGCCUCUUACUAGCACAUCCUCGACUCAAACCCCUCUGCCUAACCUCGUGGAUCAGAGAACCCAAACUGAUGGCUGUCCUCAUGUUGAGCUUUGCAACCCUGAGCUCGGGACUCCCGCUUCUCCUCCUCCUCCAGUGCCUCAUGCCUAUAUCCGUCCUCUCAGUCCUGCCUUGGCAUCUCCUCCCUCUGAUUCCGGCCCUGGAACCCCAGAUUACAUUCCUUCUUCUCCCUCUGAUUAUGGCCCUGGAUCCCCAGACUAUUCCCCUACUUCGCCCUCCGAUUACUGAGAAUGUUUAUAAUAACCAAUAAACCUAUAACCAUU